CACGGCCCGCGCACAGUCCCCUCAACGGGAAAUGGAGGCCGCAAGGAUGUCCCCGUAAUCUCCCCCAUCCACACCCGCCAGGUUCUCGCCGGCACCAUCCCUCGCAUCAGAACCCCAGCAACCACCAGUGAGUGGCGGGAUAUCCUCCCUAACUUACUGACAAAAUCAGACUUUGAGGCCCUCUCAGAUCGCCUGGGCCGCGUGGUAAGGGCACAACUACGUGCUGACAUAGCGAACAUAGAGGCCCGCAUGUCGUUGACGGAGACGGCUACAUGCUGA